CAGACCCACUCCGGACUGGCCCGCCUCUCCCCGGAGUUCAGAUCACGACGUCUGACCAUCUCUAAAGUCUUCAGCUCGUUUACAGGCCACACACAUUAUAUUGUUUUUAGGACGACGUGUUGCAUCACAACCGGGUGAACAUGUAGAAAUGGAUCUGAUGACGCUCUUCGGCACCGUUAUCGCCGUUUUCUUCCACCCUGGAGCCGCGUCCAAAAUAAAUGGCCAGAGGAUCUGCCGGCGUGGGACAGAGCGCCCGUGCUUCAAGGUGUCCUACAUCCAGGACAGCAGGCGGAGGCUGAGCUUUGAGGAUGCCCGGCGGGCCUGCAGGUCGGACGGAGGCGACUUGCUCAGCAUCGAAACGGAGAGCGAGCAGCGGCUGAUGGAGAGGUUCAUACAACAGCUGCAGGCUGGAGAUGGAGACUUCUGGAUCGGGCUCCGCCGCAGCCCACAGCUCCACAGGGCGGCGGCCGCUCACCCGGGUUGCCCCUCGCAGUACUACUGGCUCGAUGGAAGCAAAGCCAAGUUCAGGAACUGGCUUUGGGAUGAACCGUCGUGCGGUGUUGAGAUGUGUGUGGUUCUGUACCACCGGCCCUCCGCACCACCCGACGAUGAAGGUCAUUUCCUUUUCCAUUGGAACGACGACAACUGCAACUCCAAGAAUAACUUUGUCUGCCAAUACCGAGAAGAAAAACCACCAGUCGUUACUGAGAGAGGGAACAAAGCACUGGCAGUUCCAUCUGUAAGGCCAAAUGUGUUCUCGACGACAGAAAGUGAUGAGAGGAUGAAAAUAGGACUACCUGAGUCGUCAGUUUCUCUCUCAGACGACGGCCUCUAUGUUUCCUACAUCCUUUAUGCAACGAUUCCGACUCUGCUGCUGCUGCUGCUGUUUGUAGCUGCUGGCUUCUUCUGCUACAAACAGCGUGCCAAGAGGAGGAAAACAGAAACGGAAAGCUACCCCAGCAGAUCGAAACCCUGGAUGUCAAAAACAGCUUCGCCUUAUGCCGUCGUACAAGGGCCUUACGCCUUUAGUGACGUCACCAAACUGCCUCCCGCCGCUCUGGACAGCAGCGUGUCGGCACACAUCGUGACAAAGUACUCCCGUGCUCCUUCCCAGGACUCCCAGUGUGACGAUUACGAGAACGUGUCAUGUUUGGACGGGGAGACCGGCUUUGUGACCAACGACAUCUACGAAACCUGCAGAGCUCAGAACCGGCAUACUGGUUGGGUGGAAAAUGAGAUCUACGGCUGACCCGUUGAGGCCGAACCGAUCGGUGUGAAUGUCCGUCGGCCUCUUGCCGGCUAUCGAAUGUGACGCAGCUACACAAAGGAACACAACUACUGGUGACUUGUGUUACAUUACAUUUCAUCACAUGUCAUUCAGCAGACGCUUUUAUCCAAAGUGACUCACAAUAAGUGAAUUCAACCACGAGGACAAACUCAGAGCAACAAGAAUCAAGAAAGUAACUUUUCUUCAAGAAAGACAAACUACAAAAACACCAUAAGUAAUACUUUAAGUAAUACUAUAAGUAAUACCAUAAGUAAUACUAUAAGUAAUACUAUAAGUAACACCAUAAGUAAUACUAUAAGUAAUACCAUAAGUAAUACUAUAAGUAACACCAUAAGUAAUACUAUAAGUAAUACCAUAAGUAAUACUAUAAGUAAUACUAUAAGUAAUACCAUAAGUAAUACUAUAAGUAACACCAUAAGUAAUACUAUAAGUAAUACUAUAAGUAAUACCAUGAGUAAUACCAUAAGUAAUACCAUGAGAAACACCAUAAGUACGACCAUAAAUAAUACUAUAGGUAAUACCAUAAGUACUAUUAUAAGUAAUACCAUGAGUAAUACCAUAAGUAAUACCAUCAAUAAUACCAUGAGUAAUACUAUAAGUAAUACUAUAAGUACUACCAUGAGAAACACCAUAAGUAAUACUAUAAGUAAUACCAUGAGAAACACCAUAAGUAAUACUAUAAGUAAUACUAUAAGUAAUACCAUGAGAAACACCAUAAGUAAUACCAUAAGUCAUACUAUAGGUAAUACUAUAAGUACUAUAUAAGUAAUAUCAUGAGUAAUACCAGAAGUACUAUAUAAGUAAUACCAUGAGUAAUACCAUGAGAAAUACCAUAAAUAUAACUAAGAGUACUUUUUAGUUUCUGAUGGAAGACGUAGAGACUUCCUGCUGUCCUGAUGUCAGUGAGGAGCUCGUUCCACCAAUGAGGAGCCAGGACAGCACACAGUCUUGAUUUUGUCGAGUGAUUAGCUCGAAGUGACGGAGUCACAAGUCGGUUGGUUGAUUGUUCAGGAUUAAUUAACACACAGCGGUGUUGUCUUGGACCUUUAUUCCAAAAACGUGAUCGCUUGUGAAUCUCUUCAGUGUGGCGUCCUGAGCAUCCAGCCUCCAAGGCUGCAAGUCAAAUCAAUGUUUAAAGCAGGUGUAACGGAUCCCCGUAUAUCAUUCGGCGUGAGACUUUACUGCUGGUGAACUUCUUUAUUUCCUUUCUUUCGUUGUAUAAACAUGAACCAAAACUCUUGAAUAAAAACCACCUUGUCACCACCGUAAGAGCAUUAGCCUCAUACGGGUCCAUUAAAACUAUGAAAACUUGACAUCAAAUGCGCAUCCGACGGUCACAUUUAGCCGUACCGUCAAGUUUGUAUAUUAACAUAAAAUAAAGGUGCGCUUCCUUUUAACAUUUCAAAAUAAAAGUCAAAUUUAGCUCAAAGCGGAAGUAGAUUAAAACAUAUAAAAAAAAUCAUUAAAACAAUACAAUAUAAAAAGGCAUACAUCAAAACCAAUAAAGCAGAUACAAAAUAAGGCAAUCAACACAAAACAAUAAACCUUUUAAGGGGUUAUUUACAGCAGGGUUUUCCCAAAGUUGUGUCAUCCGCUAGUUAGCGUGUCUUGCUUCCCAAGAGAGUUUCUCAAAUUUGUCGAUGAAAUUGUGAAAUCUGUGCAUGGCAUUUUUUGGAUUCAAGAGUAAUAAAUGAGUUGUGUCAAAAGUAUAACAAAUAUUUUUCAAAUCUUUUCAAUAAUUUACAAGACCUGAAGUCUGCGGCCAUGCUCGCAGCUCUGUGAGGCUGUGUCAUUAGCUGAAUGCUAACAUUAGCAUGCUCAUAAAAGCCAAAGAAAGGCCUUUCGCUUACCAUGUUCGCCACCAUAGUGUUGUGUCUUAGCGCGCUAACAUUUGCUACAACUGAGAGGAUUGUCGUUAGCUUAGCAGCUACUUUGUUUUUAAGCAUUACAUGACAUUUGAGCUCUGGGAAUGCACUCAAAACCACAAACGAAACCAUAUGCUGCUGCCAUAACAUUGAUAUGUAAUACCCUGAGCAAGCUCUCUAGAUAAAUUAUGUAACUUUACUGCAGCGCAAAGGCGUUGGUUUUAAAGAGGCAUCAAUGAAUUCAAAUCGGCAUCACUGAGUCAGCUCAGGUGAACAGUGCUGCUAUAUUUGGCAUUGUGGAUUUCACUUGAGUGAGAGCAAGUUUUGAGUACUCACUCAAGGUUACUCAUCCUGUAAACAGAUCCCAAAUAAAACAGCCCUUUUCCAGUCACGAUAGAUAUUAUGAGACACGAGGACAAAAAGAUCCGCUUGUCUCUCUCCAUCGGUGAAGGUGUCCUAUUCAGGGACGAUUCUCACCCUUUAGUUAAACCAGAAGAGAGCUGUCAGCCAAGUGUAAGGCUUCCUGUUUGGACUCUGAUGUCAAAGAGCAGGACUGUACAUGCGGAAACACUGAUGACAGAACUGCGCUGACCCCGGUGACCUUUAAUAAAGCUGUGGCCUUA